AUGGACUUGUCCAAUGUAUUGCGUAUUGUUGCUGAGAUAAGUGCUCAAGCGGUUCAAAUGGAUCGUGACCAGCAAACUCAAAAACACGAGUGUCAUGUAUUACGUGAGGUGUUGAAAAAAACCACCGCUGAGCGGGAUGAGGCAGUCCAAUUGGCAGAUGAGCGUGUAAACAACGGGCGCGAGUCGGAGUCGUUCGAGGUCAUAUUAACCCAUAUUCUGCGCCAACGGGACAGAUCUGAAACUAGAAACGGAUCACAGAGCUCUAUCGCUACUGGGGAGGGGAAGGUUAACGGAUCCGCUAUUGGAGAGAAUCCUGGUCCCCUUGGAUCAGACACACAGGUUGCAGGCAUAUAA